ACCCGUAUGACAGCAGACAAGACCAUGCGUCUCCUUCUGACCACCUUCAGCAGCCUGAGGGAGGAGCUGAUCCACAUGUCAGAGGAUCUGAGGCGUCUGGAGAGUGAGAAGGAGUCCCUGGAGAGAGACCUGAGCUUCAAGGCUGACCAGGCUGAGCAGUAUGACCGCCUCCUAGAGGCCAUACGAGAGAACAACAGACAGCUACAGAUAUCUCUGAAGGAGACCAGCUCCAGCCAGCGGACCCUGGAGACUCAGCUCCUGAGUAGCCGCACUACAGACUCAAACAGGGACUUCCGCAUCAAAGAACUGGAGGGCAGCUACCGAGCCCUGGAGAAGGAAAAUGAGAUGCUCAAACAGAAGUUGGCUGGCCAGUGCAGCAGUAGCACCAUUCAGAUGAAUACAGAGGAGUUGUCACGUCAGUACUCAGAGCAGCUAGCUGCCCUGCGCCAGGAGAAGGACAAGGAACUGCAGAGCCUCAGGUCCCAGCUGACGCGGAUCACCACAGAGUACACCACGGAGAGGUCAGGUGACAAGAGCCUGCAUCUCCGCAUCACACAGCUGCUGACAACACUGGAGCAGCGGGAGGUCGUCAUCAAACGUCAGGAAGAGGACAUCUGGCGGUUGCAGCAGGAGAAGAAGAGAGACAGCUCCAAGAACGUCACCACGACCACUAUCACCAAAAGGUCAGCCCAACAAUACCAUGAGCCUGUUUUAUGGGGAAUAUUUGGGGCAGUAGCUCCUCUAAAAUGGGUUAAUGUAAUUUCGGAUGCCUAG